UUCUCCCUAAAGCACCAGGGCUCUGCACAGCCAGGGUAGAGAAGAACCACAAUGGACACUGCUAGCCAUAGCCUUGUCCUUCUGCAGCAGUUGAACAUGCAGCGAGAAUUUGGUUUUCUGUGUGAUUGCACAGUUGCCAUUGGAGAUGUAUACUUCAAAGCCCACAGAGCAGUGCUUGCUGCUUUUUCCAACUAUUUCAAGAUGAUAUUUAUUCACCAAACAAGUGAGUGCAUAAAAAUACAACCAACUGACAUCCAGCCUGACAUAUUCAGCUAUUUGUUGCACAUUAUGUACACGGGGAAAGGACCAAAACAGAUUGUGGAUCAUAGUCGUUUGGAGGAAGGGAUUCGAUUUCUGCACGCCGACUACCUUUCUCACAUUGCAACUGAAAUGAAUCAAGUGUUCUCACCGGAGACUGUGCAGUCCUCAAAUUUGUAUGGCAUUCAAAUCUCAACAACCCAAAAGACGGUUGUCAAACAAGGAAUGGAGGUCAAAGAGGCUGCUUCCAGUAACAGUGGUAACCGAGCUGCUGUCCAGGGCGACCACCCCCAGUUGCAGCUCUCUCUUGCUAUUGGUCUGGAUGAUGGCACUGCAGAUCAGCAGAGGGCCCAUCCUGCUGCCCAGGCCUUGGAGGAGCACCAGAAACCCCCAGUGUCCAUCAAGCAGGAGAGAUGUGACCCAGAAUCUGUGAUCUCCCAAAGCCACUCCUCACCCUCAUCAGAGGUGACGGGCCCCACCUGUACUGAAAACAGUAUCAAAAUACACUUAUGCCAUUACUGUGGGGAGCGUUUUGAUUCCCGUAGUAACCUAAGACAACAUCUCCAUACACAUGUGUCUGGAUCCCUCCCAUUCGGUGUCCCUGCUUCCAUUCUGGAAAGUAAUGACCUUGGUGAAGUGCAUCCACUUAAUGAAAAUAGCGAGGCUCUUGAAUGCCGCAGGCUCAGCUCUUUUAUUGUCAAGGAAAAUGAACAGCAGCCUGACCAUUCAAGCCGGGGUGCCGCAGAGCCUCUCCAGAUCAGCCAAGUGUCGUUGAUCUCCAAAGACACAGAACCAGUAGAAUUAAACUGUAAUUUUUCUUUUUCAAGGAAAAGAAAAAUCAACUGUACCAUCUGUGGGCAUAAAUUUCUUCGAAAGAGCCAGUUGUUGGAACACAUGUAUACACAUAAAGGUAAAUCUUACAGAUACAACCGAUGCCAAAGGUUUGGUAAUGCAUUGGCCCAGAGAUUUCAGCCAUAUUGUGACAACUGGUCUGAUGUCUCCCUGAAAGGUUCUCGCUUGUCACAGGAACACUUAGACUUGCCUUGUGCCUUAGAGUCAGAGCUCACACAGGAAAAUGUGGACACUAUCCUGGUUGAGUAACAGCUGCUUCUUCAGAAUUGUAUACGAAUUCUGAAAAAAAACUCACAUGUAUUUUUAAUUCAUAAAUUAUUUCCCU